AUGUCCUCUACCGGCGACCAAGGUGGCUCCGUGCCGCCCAAUUUCUUCUUGACCCCGCAUCAGCAGAAUCUGCUCUUCACGGCCCUCAACGCCAACAAGCAGCCAAGCGCUGGCUCCCCGCCAAACAACGGCGUCUCACUCUCGCCAACCUCUUUCAAGAGCUCGCCCAUGCCGUCCUUUGGGAGCGCCGGUUUGCAAGAGAGCCCAUAUCUCGACAAUUACGACUACGACUUUGGUGACUCCAGCUUCGACUUUUCCUUUGCGAGCAACGAUCAGGCCCAGAUGAUUGGCGAUGCACCAGGCACCGCAAAGUCGGACUCACCCGAGAACGACUCGAAUGAAAAGAGAGGCCACCCGGACGACGAAGAAGGCGACGACAGCCCUGGAAAUGACUCGAAGCGCCAUGAGGGCACCGACAAGGGCCCCAAGAAGCCGGGCCGGAAACCCCUCACUUCAGAGCCCACUACCAAGCGCAAGGCCCAGAAUCGAGCAGCACAGCGCGCUUUUAGGGAGCGCAAGGAGAAGCACUUGAAGGACCUGGAGACCAAGGUCCAGGAAUUGGAGACGGCGUCGGAGGCCGCAAACCACGAGAACAGCAAGCUGCGAGUCCAGCUGGGCCGCAUCACCACCGAGCUCAACCAGUACAAGCAGAAAUUGGCCGUCCUGGCCAAUGUCAACAAAGCGGCGCCCAGGGACAAGAUGGCUUUUGGAAGCGCCGCCCUCAACAACCUCGGUGAUGUAAGUUUCCAGUUUGAGAUCCCCAAGUUCGGAACGCUGCCAGGAAUGCCCUCCGAUAAGCCUUUGGCAUCACUUUCCCCCAACGGCCAGGUGCCCAGCCCGGCCCAAAGCCAAGGCAACGACGCCAUGUUGCCGCAGUCGGCACGGCAGUCGGAUGAUCUGGCCAAGUUCUCGGGCGCUCCCACUCCACCCAUCAGCGGCUAUCGUGGGCCCGGCUCACGAGCAAGCGUCGACUCGGGCAACAUGAGCCUAGGUGGCGCCUCGAGCUCGCCCUCUGCGUCAUCCAACUCCAACGGCGGCCCGGUCUCGUCUUGCGGCACAUCUCCAGAGUCUUCCAGUCACUCUCCGAUGGGUUUCAAGCCGCUCGAGACCUUGACUACGAUUGGUGAGGAGCAGCAAGCGGCCGCGACCACGCAGCAGCCCUUUGCACAGUUUGCCCACGUGGACAUUGGAAGUCCUAGCUUCGACUGGCUGGCCAACCAGAACGGCGGUCACUUUGAUCCGCAGCUGUUCGGCGACUAUCGCGAGCCUCAGGACAACGUACUUUCCAACUCCAACUUUGACGACUUCUUCAACGACGCGCUCGAUGCCGACUUCUUGAACCCUUACAACGUGCCUUCUGCGGCAACGGCCCCCAAGAAGAAUCUGAUUGAUGAGAUUGACGCCAAGCAGAAGGCGCUGGACGAUACGCAACAGAACAUGAGGUGUACAGAAAUAUGGGAUAAAUUGCAGGGCUGCCCCAAGGCGCAGAGCGGCGAAUUCGACCUCGACGGGCUCUGCUCCGAACUAACCAAGAAGGCUAAGUGCUCGGGCAACGGCCCCGUCGUGGCGGAGAGGGACUUUGACAGCAUCCUCAAGAAAUACAUGGGCAAGGACGCGUCGUCGUCGAACUGCAUGGCGAGCUCGUUGGGCAUCGAAGUUCAACCAAAUGAGAAGCCCAACGGGGUCACCACGCUGUGA